AUGGUUGGAUACAUACAGAUCGCACAAUCAUUUGCCCGAUAUUAUCCAGCCUGCAUACUUCUAAUACAUUUCCUUCAAAGUGGUGUGCGUAUGGUGAGGAAUCGUGAAAUGAUGAUCACCAAGUGGUACCCCUUCGAUUCUUCUGCCAGCCCAGCGUACGAGAUUGUGAACUUGACACAGGUCUUUGCAGCAAUUCUCAUCGCGUGUGUGUUCGGUGGCUUCCUGAGCCUUUACGCGACGUUAGUGUGUGUGGCGUGCAGUCAGCUGGAGAAACUCAAAGGGGCCCUACUGGAUAUCAGACAGACACAUAUCAUAUUACAACAGGACUGUGGGGCCGAGACCAAUGGAGAGGAACAUCCCCACACCCCUGAGGAAGUGUUCCAUCGCAUGCAGAAACAACUGAACGACUGCAUUCGGCACCACCAACAGAUAAAACAGUUCAUGCAGGCCUUCGAAGACAGUUGGAGCACAGUGCAGUGCGGUGUGUUUCUGCUUAUUUUAACAGCGCUCUGUUCUGUUGUCUUCUCGUUCAUCACGAGUUGGGGAGACCACGUAGAUCUAGUCCAGGCGACUCUUAUAUUUUUACAUUGGUCCUGCAUUCUGAUUUUAACUUGCUGGCUUGGAAAUGAGUUGUCAGUGCUGGCUGAAAGUGUUAGAGACGCGGCCUGGGGAUGCGACUGGGUGGGAACUCCCGUCCCGUUCCAGCGCUGUCUGAUCUUCAUCAUCGCCGUAGCGAACAAGGAGUUUGCACUCACGGCUGGCAAGUUUGUUCCAGUGUCCAACUCAACUAUGCUGAAUAUGAUGAAUCAAUCAAUAUCUUUCUUCAUGUUCCUUCUCUACAUGAAAGACAAUAACAGAGAAGCUAAUCACGGAAUAUAA